GGCUAACGUUCACUAGCUAGCUAACACAGGCUAGCGUUCAUUAGCUAGCUAACAUGCUAACGUUCACUAGCUAGCUAACAGGCUAACGUUCACUAGCUUGCUAACAGGCUAACGUUCACUAGCUUGCUAACUGGCUAACGUUCACUAGCUUGCUAACAGGCUAACGUUCAUUAGCUAGCUAACAGGCUAACGUUCACUAGCUAGCUAACAGGCUAAAUAAAUGCUAUAAUCACCUCCCAGCCACAUCUAGCUAAGUGGAUGAGUCACUACUGUCUAGACAUGUUCAUUAAAUACAAUAGAUGGCUGUAAUCUCCCAGCCAUACAUCUAGCUAAGUGAAUGGGUCAUGUAAUCAUCUGGCGAAGUGGAGUCUUUUGUUUAGACAUGUAGCUAGCUAGCUAAACAAUGAAUCACAAUUCCCAACCCAUACAGUACUAGCAAUACAAACUGAUCGUCAUAGCUAGCCACCAUACAUGAAUCUGCAGGUAGGUUCAAUGUUAGCUAGCUAACAUUAGGCUGUAACUAGCAAUGCAAAAUGGCUGUCUGAUAUACAACUGAUAUUACUACACAGAUCAUACGCGUAACGUUAGCUAGCGAGCUAGCAGGCUGACGUUCCCUAGCAACCUAACAGUAAGCCUUGCAGUGAAAACGACUUUCUGAUCGAAUUAGAAACGUAUAAUGUCUGAAAUGGUACUCUUACCCAUUAAACAUGGAUGCAUGCUUCACUGGAAACAUUUUGACUCUGUUUUUGUUUUGUAGUUACAGUUUGUUUGGCCCACUUUGUGUCAAGUCACUCCGGUUCACACUGAGCGUAGUAGUAGUAGUAGUAGUAGUAGUAGUAGUAGUAGUAGUAGUAGUAGUAGUAGUAGUAGUCCGGCACAACCUUUUCUCACUGAUCUUUGUCUUUGGCACCUGAUUUAUAAUAACAAGACAGCAAUGUUGUUGAGAGCAGUUAUUCAGUUAUACCCUGUUCACCACAUGGUCAAUCUGCUGCAUGGUAUACCCUGUUCACCACAUGGUCAAUCUGCUGCAUGGUAUACCCUGUUCACCACAUGGUCAAUCUGCUGCAUGUUAUACCCUGUUCACCACAUGGUCAAUCUGCUGCAUGUUAUUCAGUUAUACCCUGUUCACCACAUGGUCAAUCUGCUGCAUGUUAUUCAGUUAUACCCUGUUCACCACAUGGUCAAUCUGCUGCAUGGUAUACCCUGUUCACCACAUGGUCAAUCUGCUGCAUGGUAUACCCUGUUCACCACAUGGUCAAUCUGCUGCAUGGUAUUCAGUUAUACCCUGUUCACCACAUGGUCAAUCUGCUGCAUGUUAUACCCUGUUCACCACAUGGUCAAUCUGCUGCAUGGUAUUCAGUUAUACCCUGUUCACCACAUGGUCAAUCUGCUGCAUGUUAUUCAGUUAUACCCUGUUCACCACAUGGUCAAUCUGCUGCAUGUUAUUCAGUUAUACCCUGUUCACCACAUGGUCAAUCUGCUGCAUGUUAUUCAGUUAUACCCUGUUCACCACAUGGUCAAUCUGCUGCAUGUUAUUCAGUUAUACCCUGUUCACCACAUGGUCAAUCUGCUGCAUGGUAUACCCUGUUCACCACAUGGUCAAUCUGCUGCAUGGUAUACCCUGUUCACCACAUGGUCAAUCUGCUGCAUGGUAUUCAGUUAUACCCUGUUCACCACAUGGUCAAUCUGCUGCAUGUUAUUCAGUUAUACCCUGUUCACCACAUGGUCAAUCUGCUGCAUGGUAUACCCUGUUCACCACAUGGUCAAUCUGCUGCAUGGUAUACCCUGUUCACCACAUGGUCAAUCUGCUGCAUGGUAUACCCUGUUCACCACAUGGUCAAUCUGCUGCAUGUUAUACAGUUAUACCCUGUUCACCACAUGGUCAAUCUGCUGGAUGUACAACAGUCACCCGGCUGCGGCCUUGUCCUGCUCUGAAGCCUUUACCCCGAGGCUCUAUCAUGUUGCACUUGACUUCUACAGUUCCAACUAUUAACGUUCAAGUUCCCUCUCUCCCUUUUCCCUU